AUGCAGGCACCUCUUGAGCGUGGCAAGGCUUGUCAGCGUUGCAAGCGUCGCAAGAUGCGCUGCGACGGCCAUCGCCCAUCUUGUUCCCAGUGUGUCGCCCACAGCGACGAAUGCGAAUAUCUCGACGGGUUCGGGCCCACGCAAAACCAACUUCUAGAAGAGCAGAUCGCGCAUUUGCAGUCUCGUAUCGCGGAUAUCACUGCCGCCGCCGCACCUCUCACCCUCCACGAUCCGUAUGCGGCAUGGCACCAGCGGAAUGCGCAGCGCACGGCAAAUGAUCCCAAGCGGACUCUGGUCAGGGAGUUCGCUUUGCAUGCGAACGAGUUCGGCUUCUUCCUGCAUAUCCACCGGUUCCUGGAUAAGGUUUAUGCUCAGUCGACACCGAGUCACAGCCUCACCAUCCUCCUCAACGUGAUCUACUUACUCGGGGCGAAGUUUUCCAACAACCCCCAGGUGCACUCUCAAGAACAGGCGUACCUCGCGCUCGCGCUCCAGCACCUCCCGAAGGCGCUACCGGAAGACCCACGCGGCGCCAUAUACGUGAUGCAGGCAGAAGUGCUCCUUGCCAAUUACUUCUUCAAUGGCCACCGUCAGCUAGAAGGCGUAUACCACACCAACGCGGCCGUCUCGAUUGCGAUGGCUUCGAAGCUCCACAUGAUUCGAAGCUCACGACGAAGUCGUUCCUCCGCGGAGGCGAACGCCUAUCGACUUCCUCCCCCCGCCGACACUCUGGAAGAGGGCGAGCGGAUCAACGGCUUCUGGACCGUCUUCAUCUUGGACCGCUGCUGGGCUGUUGCCACCGGGUUGGCACCAGCCAUUACGGACGACGACGCACUAGGAACUCAGAUCGACACACCGUGGCCUAUGGACCUCGCGAUGUACCACAGCCACCCGUUCCCCGGUGAUUAUCGUACCUCUCACACCGUCAAGGUCUUCACCUCGGGUACCGACGCCGGCGCGGCAUCGCCUGGAUACAGCGUCCUUGCCAUGCACGCGAAGGCGGUGAUUCUGUAUGAAAUGCUACGCGACUCGCGUCCUGCUACCAGCCCUGCUGCAUUCUUGUCGCUGGACAACCGGAUCGAACGGUUCCGUGAGGCGCUGCCGCGUUUGGAUCUUUCCCGCUCGGACACCAUAAGGACUGUGCUGCUAGCGCACACCCUUGCGCAGUGUGCAAGCAUCCAGCUCCACACGCCGUUCGUCCAGGACCGUGUUACUGCAAACAGCCGCACCUACCACGCGGCCCACGCAGCGGUAGAGAACAUGAAGCGAAUCAACGCCUCCUUGCUCUGCGUCAACCCGUUCAUGGGGAUCCUCUGGGGCUCUGUCGCCAAAGUGAUCUCCCAAGCGAUCUCGACCGGUCACCGGCUGCGCGCCUCGGGCACACACGCCUCAGCGCGCGACAUACCCACGGACGAGCAGACCCUCAAGGACGAAUACGUUCGGGUGCUCGCCACGAUGGAGCAGGUCACCACCUACUCGCCUCUGAUGGGCGCACAACUCGCAACCCUCCGCUCCCCGCGGCAUGGCUGA